GCGCUCCCGCUGGGAAGGGUUGGGUUCCUUACAGGGAACAACUGCCUGGGCACUUAGUCCCUCCCGUUUCGGGCCCCGCCUCUCCGCAAGGCGAAUGCUAUAAAGCUGAGGCGAGAAAGGUUCCUCGGGACGUUCUUGGUUCAGACCAAUUCCUGGGUGGACAAGGUCCCAAACCCUCUCUGCCGAGCAUCGCGUGCCGGAGCCAUGGCGCAGGAGCUGUACCACGAAGAGUUCGCCCGGGCGGGCAAGCAAGCCGGGCUGCAGGUUUGGAGGAUCGAGAAGCUGGAGCUGGUGCCAGUGCCAGAGAGCGUUUACGGCGACUUCUACGUCGGGGAUGCCUACCUGGUGCUGCACACGGCAAAGGCGAGCCGAGGUUUCACCUACCGUCUGCACUUCUGGCUGGGAAAGGAGUGUACUCAGGAUGAAAGCACAGCAGCUGCCAUCUUUACUGUUCAGAUGGACGACUAUUUGGGUGGCAAGCCAGUGCAGAAUAGAGAACUUCAAGGCUGUGAGUCUACUGAUUUUGUUGGCUAUUUCAAAGGAGGUCUAAAAUACAAGGCUGGAGGUGUGGCAUCUGGACUAAAUCAUGUUCUCACAAAUGACUUGACCGCCCAGAGACUCCUGCAUGUCAAAGGCCGGAGAGUGGUCAGGGCCACGGAAGUUCCCCUCAGCUGGGACAGUUUCAACAAGGGUGACUGCUUCAUCAUUGACCUUGGCACUGAAAUUUACCAAUGGUGUGGUUCCUCAUGCAACAAAUAUGAGCGUCUGAAGGCAAACCAGGUUGCCAUUGGCAUUCGGGACAAUGAAAGGAAAGGAAGAUCUCAAUUAAUUGUGGUGGAAGAAGGAGGUGAACCGUCAGAGCUUAUAGAGGUUUUAGGGAAAAAGCCAGAGCUUAGGGAUGGAGAUGAUGAUGAGGACACUACAGCAGACAUAACUAACAGGAAAAUGGCCAAACUCUACAUGGUUUCAGAUGCCAGCGGAUCCAUGAGAGUGACUGUGGUGGCAGAGGAAAACCCCUUCUCCAUGGCAAUGCUGCUUUCUGAUGAAUGCUUUAUUUUGGACCAUGGUGCUGCAAAACAAAUUUUUGUAUGGAAAGGUAAAGAUGCUAAUCCCCAGGAGAGAAAGGCUGCAAUGAAGACAGCUGAACAAUUCCUAGAGCAAAUGAAUUAUUCUACCAAUACCCAAAUUCAAGUUCUUCCAGAAGGAGGCGAAACACCAAUCUUUAAACAGUUCUUUAAGGACUGGAGAGAUAAAGAUCAGAGCGAUGGCUUCGGGAAAGUAUAUGUCACAGAGAAAGUGGCUCGAAUAAAACAAAUUCCAUUCGAUGCCUCAAAAUUACAUAGUUCUCCGCAAAUGGCAGCCCAGCACAAUAUGGUAGAUGAUGGUUCUGGCAAAAUGGAGAUUUGGCGUGUAGAAAAUAAUGGUAGGGUUGAAAUCAACCAAAACUCCUAUGGUGAAUUCUAUGGUGGCGACUGCUACAUUAUACUCUACACUUAUCCCAAAGGACAAAUUAUCUAUACAUGGCAAGGAGCGAAUGCCACGAGAGAUGAGCUGACGACAUCUGCAUUCCUGACCGUUCAGUUGGACAGGUCCCUUGGAGGACAGGCUGUGCAGAUCCGAGUCUCCCAGGGAAAAGAACCUGCACAUCUGCUGAGUUUGUUCAAAGACAAACCGCUCAUUAUUUACAAGAAUGGAACAUCAAAGAAAGGAGGUCAGGUACCUGCUCCCCCUACACGCCUCUUUCAAGUCCGAAGAAACCUGGCAUCUAUCACUAGAAUCGUGGAGGUAGAUGUUGAUGCGAAUUCGUUAAAUUCUAACGAUGUUUUUGUCCUGAAACUUCAACAAAACAAUGGCUACAUCUGGAUAGGAAAAGGUGCUAGCCAGGAGGAGGAGAAAGGAGCUACAUACGUGGCAAAUGUGCUCAAGUGCAAAACUGCAAGAAUUCAGGAAGGAGAGGAACCAGAGGAGUUUUGGAAUUCCCUUGGAGGGAAGAAAGACUACCAGACUUCUCCACUGUUAGAAACCAAGGCUGAAGAUCACCCACCUCGGCUUUAUGCCUGCUCUAACAAGACUGGAAGAUUCACUAUCGAAGAGGUUCCAGGAGAAUUCACCCAGGAUGAUUUAGCAGAAGAUGAUGUUAUGUUACUAGAUGCUUGGGAACAGAUUUUUAUUUGGAUUGGCAAAGAUGCCAAUGAAGUUGAGAAGUCAGAAUCUCUGAAGUCUGCCAAAAUGUACCUUGAGACAGACCCUUCUGGAAGAGACAAGAGGACGCCAAUUAUUAUCAUAAAACAGGGCUAUGAGCCACCCACAUUCACAGGAUGGUUCCUGGGGUGGGAUUCCAGCAAGUGGUAAACGGAUUUUUGUAGGAAAUAACAAACCAACAAACAUUAUGGAGCUGUUAUGGGGGCAAGAAAAGGAGUUUUAUUUGUAUAUGUUUGACUUUAGAAAAUUAACCUCAGCCAUAUGACUAUUUUUCAAUGCCUAGUUUUGAUUUGAAAUCUUUUAAACAGGAAUUUUCUUAUGUUAAUGCUUUAAAAUAACCUAUACUCUUGUUGUGGACCAUUAUUAGCUCUGCUGGAAACUGAUUUAAAUCCUUUUAUAUGACUUUUUUUUUUAAGGUGAAAAGCUAUUCACAAGGUAGGGGACUUAGAAUAUUUUAUAAUUCAGGAGCCAGUAGCCAAAUUUGUUCUAUAUAUAUGCCAGAGAAAAAAGCUGUGAUGCCUUUGAGAUUAUUUUCCUUUCUGUGUGUUGCGUUCAGAAGAGGUGUAUAUUUGCGGUAAUGUUAAGAAGGCUUUCAAAGUUUGUUGUUUUCCUUCUUUUGCCAAUGUAACUUUGAUACCAUUAACUCCUAAGUGUUAUUUCUAAGAGAAACUUUACUUUUUUUGUGUUUUUAAAAGCCUCUGGAAAAAAAAACAGCUUUUCCACUAAUGCUGCCUUUUAUCAUUAAAAUACAUCUCUCUUUGAAAUA